CAUUUCUACAGGAUGAAGAGGACCUCCUGCUUCCUUCUCAUCCUCAUCCCCCUUCUCCAGCUGAUAAUCCUAGGAGUUGCUCAUGAUUCCUUAGACUCCAUUGUAGAUAAAAAGAUAAAGGAUGCUCUUAUUGGUCUAGAGCUCAAUCCCUCUGCCCACCAAAAGACGAUCUCAUGUAUCAGUGUCAAGAACUCAGGCAAAUUGUCUUCCUGCCCUGCAGGGACUGUUGUCACUGGCUGUGCCUGUGGCUAUGGCUGUGGUUCCUGGGAUGUCCGGAAGGAAACCACGUGCCACUGCCAGUGUAACCCAGGAGACUGGACCACCGCUCGCUGCUGCCGCCUGACCUGAGAAGGGGGAGAAUGAAAACCUAAUUGUUUGACUGUAACUGUAAUGAAACCAUGACGCCAAACAGGAAAACUGAC